AUGGAAAGUCCAAAUCAACAUUCACAACAACUUAAAAAAUCACCACAACUAAAGGUGGAAAUUCCACCAACGACCAUGAGCGACACCCUUCCAACCACCAAUAACAAUAGCAGUAGUAGUACAAACAAUGAAUGUUCAUCACCAACACUACCAACGCCAAUCGUUUUGGAUAUAAAUAGUAAAUUCUCACUCGACAAAGAUUAUCUAACAGAGAAGAUGAGUGAUAACCCACUAUCCAAGAUGCCUAAAAUCGAAUACUUUCAUCACUAUGAGCAACAAAAUGUAAAGUCUAAAGUAUUCCACCUCUUGAGAAACCCAUUUCCAUCGAUUGCAAUUGCGCUACUCAUUAUGUCUUUGAUUGUAGUGACACCACUCGGACAUAAAUCAAACAGACUGGCACUCAGUGAUCUAACCUACCUCCUUAUAUAUAUUCCAUUUGUGGCCAUCUUUUGUUUUGCAGUAUUUUUCAGUCUUACCUAUACAUUUUUCAAUAUUUCACGUAUUCCUGAGCGUCUUUCUCUGAUUCUAUUUCUCUAUUUGGGUGUUUGGAUUUCCUUCCAAAUCGCCGCACACGUUGCACUCAAAGCAAGUGGAUAUCUCCUGCCGUUUGGCUGGAUCAUCAUUGCAUUUGGUCUGGGUGUACCAUUGAUCUAUGCACUCCUCUGGAUAUCGCUACCCAAGAGAUUUAAAGAGAAACAACCAAACAAAGACUCUGAGUUUUCAGCGGAAUCCAAAGAGGAAAUCCCAAUGCGCAUCAUUUCACAACAGAACGAACCAUACUCCUAUUCUAAUAUUUCCACACCAAACUCGGUCACAACACCAACUACCACUCGUACCCAAUCCGAAUUCACAAUGGGGGUACUCCCAAUUCCAAUGCCAACUACACCGUCCUCUGAUAUCUCUGAAAUCAGUACAGACUCAUCGAAUGAAUCGUUCCCCAACUUCUCAACUACGGACAUCAACAACAUUAGUUUGGAGUCAAUGGAAGGUUUCAACAAUAACACCACCGCCGCCGCCAACAACAACUGUAAUAUUACUUUAGAUUCGAAUGGCCAACCACAAGCUCAAACCACAAACACCAACGCCAACCAAGAAAACAAUAACAAAACAAAAGUAGAAUCCAAAUCGAAACCAAGCUUCCUCUUUAAAUUCUGGAUUGUUGCGUCGACACUCUCUCUCGGACCAUUCGGAUAUGUAUUCUUCCACCUUUUCUUGUUGGCUUUCUAUUCCGUGACAUCCAAUCUUGCACAGUCAUUCUUGAUUGUGGCAUUCCAAAUGUUGGUGUUGGUGUACAAGCUGAUUUUCCGUCUCUCUUUUCACCGUAUGCGUGCCUACCUUCCAGAGAUCCCAUUGAGAGUGUUCCAAGACGGACGUGUUCUCUUCUUGUUCUGGCUGGAACUGAGCUCGCAUUGCUUCUUCUCCAUGGUAUUCCCACAUGUAUCGAGUUGGUACAUGAUCGUACUCUACAUUUUGAUCGAGGCGGUCACUCUUGCCGCUCAGAUCAUGUUUGACACGGUGGUAGUGCGUUCUUUCUUUAUCCGGUUAUUCGAAGAGACCUACGAGUUCAUCUUUGUGCGCAAGUACAGCGGCACACUGGUGUAUCGCGUGCUCGGUAUCUCUGGCGAUCUGGACCGAACCGUCUCGUUGGAACUCUUCUUUUUCAAUUGUUUGGCACGUGCACUUGCAGGUCUUGCCUACAUCGUUUUCACAUUGGUCAUCUACUUCGGACCAAACCACAAGUCAAACUUCUUGGAAAAACAAACUUCAACUUUUGUGCAUUUUCAAACAAAAAACGAAACUAAACAAAGUCACUCAUCUUUUAAAACAUUACAUAUAAAGAUGAAGAAAUUUGUUACACCUUUUAAAUCACCUGCAUUAACAACUAAUGAAUCUGUAAAAUCAUCUGAAAAGAAGAGUGUUGGAAUUAGUAGUAGUAGUAGUUCAACGACUAGCGGUGGUUUAAAAUCAACUAAAAGUACUGUUUUGAAGAAAAAGAGUAGCGCACCUGUAGAUACAAAAACUACUGUGGGAAUCAAUGCUGUAAAUAGUGGAAGUCAAGAUGAAUUGUAUUUCAAAGUGAUGUGGUGUAAUAUGACUUCAAAGAAACACAAGACAUAUAUGGAUGGUGUCAUCGUUUGUAAGAAAUCAUGUUUACUCAUGGAUUGUGAAACCAAGAAGGAAAUAGGUAGAUCUUCAACUUUGAAGGUCUCUGAUCUUGUCGAAGGUUUCAAAUCAUCAAUGAGUUCAAAAGAGUUUGAAGUUGUUGAACAAAUUGAUGGUGCAGCAUAUUCAGAGUUAUUUGGUAUAUCUUCUUCUUCAACUUCGACAACAACGACAACGAUAAUAACCAAUGAAAGUAAUGAAAACUCUACAACUAUUGGAAGUGGAUUCAAAGUUAAAGAAUUUAAAAGUCAUCAAAAUAGUAAUGCUACUCUGGUAAAUAGUACAAAGAAUGCGUUACAACCUAGACACGAUCCAAAUGUUCCGGAUGCUCUGGUGUUGUACACACCACCUGCUAGUGGUUUGGAUGAGAAUGGUCAGCGUGUUACAUAUGUGGUGGUCGAUCCUUUCAUUUCGAAACACUUGCGUCCUCAUCAACGUAGAGGUGUUCAAUUCCUCUAUGACUGUGUCACUGGCCAACGCCACCAGUUUGGCAAUGGUUGCAUUCUUGCCGACCAAAUGGGACUUGGCAAGACAGUGAUGACACUGACAACACUCUGGACACUCUUGAAACAAAGUCCAACUGGACAACCGACUUGCAAGAAGGCAAUCAUUGUAACACCGGCUGGGCUGGUCGGCAAUUGGAAGAGGGAAAUCAAGCGGUGGUUUGGCGCGGAGCGUCUGAAGCCGUUCACUCUAAACGACUCUGUCUCGAAGAAUACGAAACAGAUGCUCGAAGACUUUAAUACAUCCACUGUCAAUCCGGUGUUGAUUAUCUCGUACGACCAAUGUCGUAUAUUCUCAUCGAUUCUCUGCACCAUGAGUUGUGGAGUGUUGGUAUGCGACGAAGGACACCGUCUCAAGAACAUGGAAUCACAAACCACUCAAUCGAUAGCAUCGAUCAAAACGAAAGCAAAGAUCAUUCUCUCUGGAACACCAAUACAGAACGAUCUCAUUGAAUUCUACUCUAUGGUAGACUUUUGCAAUCCUGGAUCACUCGGUACACUCUCGCAAUUCAAAAAAGACUAUGCCAAUCCAAUCAUCAGAGGUCGUGAAGACUCGACCAAAGAAGGAAUAGCAAAAGCGAUGCAACUCUCAAAGAUAACCUCAUCAUUCAUUCUCAGAAGAAAAUCAAAUGUAUUAGAAGAAUAUUUACCAACUAAAACAAUACAUGUUGUAUUUUGUAGAUUAUCCGAAUUCCAAAAGAAAUUGUAUAGAGCUGUAUUGGAUAACAAUGGUGUUGAUUCAAUUAUAGCUGGAAAGCAAAAUGCUUUGACGACUAUGACUACUUUGAAACAACUUUGUAAUUAUCCUUCUUUGAUUAAAUCCGAUGAUUACUCAAAAUACUUUACAGAUAGUAACGAUACAACAACUCCCACCGACUUUGAUGCUUCUCAAUCUGGAAAGAUGGAAUUUGUCGAACAACUUUUGAUUACUCUAAAGUCACUUGGAGAUAGAGCUGUUUUGGUAUCAAACUACACUCAAACACUCGAUGUCUUUGAACUUCUCUUAAAGAAACUAUCGAUUCAAUCCUAUAGAAUCGAUGGACAAGUCAAAGCAACUGAACGACAGGACAGAGUCGACAAGUUCAACGAUCCAUCGAAUAAGACGCACACUGUAUUCCUCUUGUCUUCAAAGGCUGGUGGUGUUGGACUGAAUCUUAUCGGUGCCAAUCAUAUUGUUCUCUACGAUCCCGACUGGAAUCCCGCUAUCGAUAUUCAAGCGAUGGAGAGAGUCUGGAGAGAAGGCCAAACCAAGCCAGUAUCGAUCUACCGACUACUGACCGCCGGAACCAUCGAGGAGAAGAUCCAUCAACGCCAAAUCAUCAAGGAAUCGCUCUCGAAUAGUGUCGUCGACAAGAGUCACUACGAGAAAUCAACGUUCACCAACGAAGAACUUAAAGACAUAUUCUCACUCAAUGACACCACUCAAUGCGAAACUCAUGAUCUAUUGACAUGUAAAUGUGGAAUCGUCAGUGGUUCCACGACAAAGUUGAAUGGAUCGUCUUUAGUGGCAUCCAAAGAAAAGAAAGAACAACUUCAACAGAUAUCACACAGCGAUACUUGGGAGCACUAUAAUGCUACCAACAAACUAAAGACACCUGUAUGGGGCAGCAACAAUGGUAAUUUUAAAACGGUUUGUUUCUUGUUCAGAUCGAAACCAAAAGAAUCAAACUCGACAGGCAUCGAUGAAAAUAUUUCAUUUUUGGAGGUGAAUAAUAGUAGUACUGUAAAAGAUGGAGAUGAUGAUGAUGAAGCUAGUGACAACGAAAAGAAGAUGACACACUCUAAAAAGAAAUCAAAGAAAACAACAAUUUCAAAAACCAAACCCGAUGAUGAUUCCGAUGAAGAAAACUAUCUCGAUGAGAACAAAGAAGAAGAAGAAGAGCAAUAUAUUGUAAACAAAGGAAAAAAGAGAAUAGUUUCAAAAGUUUCAAAAUCAAGUAAUAUUAAUUUCGAAGACGAUUUAGAUAGUUUAGAGAUAAUGAAAUUUUUAGUUAUUUCAGCAUUGAUUGCCUUGUGUGUAGCCUUUGUUGCUGCCGAUGGUAAUGUAGUUGUUUUGUCACCAGACAACUUUGAUACAGUUGUCGAUGGUACCAAGACUGUUUUUGUAAAGUUCUAUGCCCCAUGGUGUGGUCACUGUAAGAAGUUGGCACCAGACUACGAAGUUAUUGCCGAUACCUUCGCCGGUAGCAAGCAAGUCGUCAUUGCCAAGUUGGACUGUGAUGUCCACAAGGAACUCUGUGGUAAAUACGAUGUCUCUGGAUACCCAACCUUGAAGGUCUUUGCCAAGUCAAAGGAAGCCAAGGACUACAAUGGAAUGAGAUCGAUCGAAGAGAUUGUCACCUUCGUCAACAACGCCGCCGGUACCAACGUCAGAGUCAAGAAGGCUCCAUCGAACGUCAUCGACUUGACCCCAGAAAACUUUGAUGCCGAAGUCUUGAACAAGGACAAGGAUGUUUUGGUUGAAUUCUACGCUCCAUGGUGUGGACACUGCAAGAAGUUGGCCCCAGACUACGAAAUCCUCGCCAACACCUACGCCGGUGACAAGCACGUCGGUAUCGCCAAGGUUGACUGUGACUCCCACAAGGAGCUCUGCAGCAAGUACGACAUCAAGGGAUUCCCAACCUUGAAGUGGUUCCCCAAGGAUAACAAGGAAGGUGAGAAGUACGAACAAGGUCGUGAACUCGAGACCUUCAUUACUUUCAUCAACAAGAAUGCCGGUACUCACCGUGUCAAGGGUGGUAGAUUACUCCCAUCCGCCGGUCGUGUUGAACAACUCGACGCCUUGGCUGCCAAAUUCGUCGAUGCCACCGAGAAGGCCCGUACCGAAAUCUUGGCCGAAGCCAACAAGGUUGUCUCUUCCCUCGCUGAGAGCUUGAAGCCAGACGGAAAGAUCUACGUCAAGAUCAUGGAAGCCAUCCAAAAGACCAAGGACUACGUCAGCAACGAAAUCAACCGUGUCACCAAGUUGACCCAAGGUCAAAUCAAGGUUGAAAAGUCAGAUCAAUUCUUCAAGAAGCUUAACGUCCUCGAGCAAUUCGCCAAGAAGAACUAA